GGCAGAAGUCGGUGGCAUCGCACGAGCAGAGCGUAGAAAGUGAAGAGUGGGAAGGGCUUGUGCUGUGUGUGUGGAGAGUCGCAGAGUCGUUUGACUUCUGCUGCAUUCGCGUUGGCUUCCGCGCUGCCGCGGCACUGUCACAACGCGAAGACGGCAGGAGCGCGAGAUGCUUGACAGUGGUUCUGCCGCCAAGGGGCACUUGCGAAAGGAUGAUGGCAUGCCAAAGAAACGAUUCUACCGGCAAAGGGCGCAUGCGAACCCUUUGACAGACCAUGCACUCGACUUUCCGGCGAGUCCAGCACAGAUGGACUGGUCGAAGCAUUAUCCCGCCUUCUUCCCAGCAAUGCCAGAUGAAGGCGCCAGAGCGAGCGCGAGCAGGAGCGUCGAGUUUGCCGACAUAGGCUGUGGCUUUGGCGGUCUGCUCAUGGAUCUUGCGCCUCUGUAUCCCGAUACACUCAUGCUAGGAAUGGAGAUUCGUAUACAAGUGACGCAGUAUGUUGCAGACAAGAUCAAUGCCCUCAGAAAGCAAGAAGGCAAUGGGUACCAGAACGUCAGCGUCGUCCGAGCCAACUCGAUGAAGUUUUUGCCCAACUUCUUUGGCCGGCAUCAGCUCAGCAAGAUGUUCUUCCUCUUUCCUGACCCACAUUUCAAGAAAGCAAAGCACAAAGCGCGAAUCAUCUCGCCUAGUUUGCUAGCAGAAUAUGCGUACGUGCUUCGGCCGGGAGGAAUCGUCUAUACGAUUACGGAUGUCAAGGAUCUUCACGAGUGGAUGGUCAAGCAUCUCGAUGCCUUUCCCCUCUUCGAGAGGAUACCGGACGAAGAGCUCAGGAAUGACAAGAUUGUCGAACUCGUGCGAACGAGUACCGAAGAGGGCAAGAAAGUAGAGCGCAAUUCUGGCGACAAGUAUCUUGCUUGCUAUCGUAGAUUAGAAGAUCACUGAGGUCUACAGUGCAGUAUGUUGUACAAUCAACAAGAACGAACCAGGAACACCGCUCCUAAUCCCGUCGCGAUCGCUUCGCAGGCUGCUCAGGCACGCCUUCCGAGUCGCCGUCCUCGCUGCUAUCGAUCACGAUAAAGCCUGGUGUGCUUGCACGGGCUUCGUCCUUUGUCUGCACUUUUCGUUUUGACUCAGCUUUGGACUUGCCGGUCGAUUUGCCAUUCGACUUGGCGCCUAUGAGCGAAAUCUUUGGCUGAAUCAGCUUUCUGCUUGAGCUCGGACCCGCACGCGUAGACAAAGUGCCGUUCG